AUGGCGCCUGCAGCGACUGCCAUUUUGAAUGAGAGCCCUAAUGAGACAUCGCUGAAAACUCCUCUUCCUUCGUCUACCCAGAAUGGCAAAAGUAACACGUCCCAAUAUCAUGCAGCAUCUACUCAAGAGGCCAUCCACAGCGAAAAGACCCAUGCAGCCCACAAUUAUCAUCCUCUUCCAAUCGUUUUCUCUAGAGCCUCUGGCGUCUCUGUGUGGGAUCCUGAAGGUAAAGAAUAUCUUGACUUCCUUUCCGCAUAUGGUGCAGUCAACCAGGGCCACUGUCAUCCAGAGCUUGUCAAGGCCUUAACCGAUCAAGCUGCCAGGCUGACGCUGAGCUCGCGGGCAUUUUAUAAUGACGUUUUCCCCAAAUUCGCUGAAUUUGUGACCGACUUCUUCGGAUUUGAGAUGGUCCUUCCCAUGAACACGGGCGCAGAAGCUGUAGAGACGGCCAUAAAGCUAGCGAGGAAGUGGGGAUACAAAACCAAAGGGAUUCCACAAAACCAGGCACUCGUCCUGAGUGUUACUGAGAACUUUCAUGGACGAACAUUCUCUGCGAUCUCAAUGUCUCAAGACCCAGAGUCCCGUGACAAUUACGGGCCAUAUCUACCAAACAUUGGCUGCGAAUGUCCUGCGACGAAACAAUUGCUUCCAUUCAAUGAUAUCAGCCUUUUAGAGGCUGCCUUCUCUGCUCACGGAGACAGAAUCGCCGGUUUCCUGGUCGAGCCAAUCCAAGGUGAAGCGGGGAUUGUCGUUCCGGAGGACAGCUAUCUCACGCAAGUGCGUGCUUUAUGUGAUAAGUUCAAUGUCCUCAUGAUAUGCGACGAGAUCCAAAGUGGUAUUGCAAGAACUGGUAAGCUGUUGUGUCACGAAUGGAGUGGUAUCAAGCCAGACUUGGUACUCCUAGGCAAGGCCCUUUCGGGUGGCAUGUAUCCUGUGUCUUGUGUCCUUGGCUCAAAGGACGUGAUGUUGACCCUUGAGCCUGGGACACAUGGUUCGACAUAUGGUGGGAAUCCAUUGGGAUGUGCGGUAGCUAUUCGUGCCUUAGAAGUGGUCAGAGAUGAAAACAUGGUCUCUCGUGCAGAUUACUUAGGCAAACUCUUCCGCAAGAGCCUAGAGAAUUUGAAUAGCCCAAUCAUCAAAAUGGUCCGAGGAAAGGGGCUCUUCAAUGCCAUGAUCAUUGACGAAACAAAAACCGGCAAUCACAGCGCAUGGGAUCUUUGCCUGUUAAUGAAAGAGAAGGGACUGUUGGUAGGCAGAGCGGUCAAGAUUGCACAUGUCAAGAAGAAUGGAGAGGCUGAUAGUUUGAAGGCAAAACCAACCCAUCAAAACAUUAUCCGGCUGACGCCCCCUUGUGUCAUAACGGAAGAACAGAUCUACACAGCUGUACGAAUCAUAAAGAGUGCUCUAGAGGAGCUGCCAGAUCUGAAAGGAAGGAAAGAAGACGAGGUUAUCCCCGCGCCGGAGAAACAUGUGAAAAUAACGAUUGAGAAUUAG